AUGUCAAUUAUAUUCUUGAGUGGGCCUCCCAAGUCUGCAACAAUCCAAGGUCGACUAGUGUUACCUGGCCAUCUUAGAUUCAGCUGCCGUUACACUAUACGAAUCAAGCAACUAACACUUGAAGAAAGUGAACAUCGAUCAUCGGAGUGGUCUAUUACUCACCAUGCCCCACGUCGAAGAAAACACAUUGAAGUACCGACCACUUAUCACUGCUUUUGUACGCCUUCUUGUCUUGAUAUAGAGUCGAAUACUGGAACGUCACCGGUCAACUGCAGUCUACCAAAUCCUGGACCUCCACCUCAUCCAUUGGAUUUGAUUACCAAAGAGAGCGUCCAGUUGCGAUUUUGGAUCUCAUGGGAACCGCCAAUAGUUACGGAACGGUAG